CGGCUGCCAGUGACGGUCACGUGAGGAGGGAAUUAUAUUAACAGUGGUUCUAUGAGUAGUGAAAUAAAAAGAAAUAAAUAAACAACCUUGUGAUUUUAUUCUUCAUGAUGGAGCUUUCAGAAUCCAACUCCAUGGAGCACCUGGUAAAGGAGCUAAAUGUGCUUCUGAAGCUACUGGAGCACGAACAUGUAAGUUCAGCUACUGCUGAGAAGAUGAGCGUUGUCAGGAACCUUUUGGGACAGUUAAAGCCAUCAGCGUAUGUUGAUAGAGUGACUGGAAGCGACUUCAUUUACAUGAACACGUCCCUCUAUGGAAAUGGUACCAGCUUUGUCGAAUCACUGUUUGAAGAAUUUGACUGUGACCUGAAGGAGCUGAGAGAUUCCCCUGAGGAGCUGAAAAAACAGGAAGAGGAAGAGACAUUGAAGCACUUACCCACAAAAUCAAGCCCCACUGACACACCCCCUCCACUGCCCACCACACCGCCUCCUGAGGAUUACUAUGAGGAAGCUGUUCCGCUUGAUCCAGACACCACACCUCAAUACAUCACCACCCACAGAAAUCCAAGCCCAGUUGAGGACGAGGAUGCAUAUUAUGAAGAUGCUGAUAAGAACUAUCCAUUAACUCGCAUAAAUGGGCCUUCCUACAAUGAUUCGGAUGCCUUGAGUAGCUCUUAUGAGUCGUAUGAUGAAGAGGAUGAUGAGACAAAAAUGAGAGAAAGGACAAGUCCUGUGGGCCCGGUAAAAGACUGCCGCAAAUUUGCCUUCCUGCUGCGUAAGAAACGCUUUGGCCAAUGGACCAAACAGUUAACCGUCAUCCGUGAGAACAGACUACAGUGUUUCAAGAACCCGAAGGACCGAACACCACACACUGACCUGCCUCUGAAUCUGUGCAGCGUUGUCUAUGUGUGUAAGGACGGGAGACGCAAGAGACAUGAGCUUAAAUUCUCUGUUCCUGGAGGAGAAUCUUUGGUGUUAGCUGUACAGAGCAAGGAGCAAGCUGAGAGCUGGCUUAAGGCCAUUCAGGAAGUUAAUACUGCGGCAAAUGGCAUCACUGGACUGGAGAUUUCCUCGUCCCCUAUGACUCAGCGCAAGACAGAACUGGACAAGAUGAUGCUUACUGAUAAACAUACCUCAGAUUCUGACAGUGUUGCCAAUGGAGACUGUUCACGGGAGAGUGGUGAAAAUGGGAAGGGGAAAAGGGGGGCUUUCUCUGAGCUGACCGGUUCCAUGAGUCGUGCUGCUGGCCGGAAAAUCAACCGUAUAAUCAGUUUUUCAAAGAAGAAACCUCCUCUGCCUGGAGAUACCAGUAACCUGUCUCACACUGAUGACAACCCACGCUGUGGUUAUCUGAACGUCCUGGUAAACCAGUGCUGGAAGGAGCGUUGGUGUUGUGUGAGGAGCGGCACUCUGUAUUUCCAUAAAGACAGAUCGGACAUGCACACUCACGUUAAAGCUCUGGUCCUUCAUGGGGUCGAGGUCUUACCUGGUUUGGGGCCCAAGCACCCUUUUGCUUUCCGUAUCAUGAGAGACGGCAGUGAAGUGGCAGCUCUGGAGGCGAGCUGCUCGGAAGAGAUGGGCCGCUGGCUUGGUGUGCUUUUGGCAGAAGCUGGUUGUGUUACAACCCCAGAGGCUUUGCACUACGACUACGUAGACGUGGACACAAUCAGCAGCAUCAAAUCAGCAGCUCGACAUUCUUUCCUCUGGGCCACUUCCUCCAGCAGCGCUUCCACAGACUCUCGCACCUACGAUGAAGUUCCUUAUGAGAGUGUACUGGUAGAGGAGACUCAGCCUAAAUCAGGAACUCAAAUGAAGCGAGGCUCUUCUUUCUCCAGCACUGAUAGAGUAAAGAGCAACCCUGAAGUCAUGGUGAAAAGACACGGCUCUUCUGUGAAUCAGUACGGUAAAUAUGGGAAGACGAGAGCAGAAGAGGAUGCGCGGCGAUAUCUGAACGAGAAAGAGCUGCUUGAAAAAGAGAAGGAAGAGAUCAGAAAAAAGCUCGUGUUGCUACGCAAGGAGAAAAAAGAGGUGAAAGAGCAGCUCAAGGACGCCACAGGGAAACAACAGAAAGAUUUGGAAAGGCGUCUGGCUCAGCUUGAAGAAAGCUGCAGAGGGAAGGAGGCUGAGCGAGUGGAUCUGGAGCUUCGGCUCACCGAGGUGAAGGAGAAUCUGAAGAAGUCUGUAGCAAGUGGUGAGCUGGGGGCCUCUGCUGAGAGUAAACCUGCAAACAAGGUUCAUAUCAGAAAAGUUGAAACCACUUAUAGUGAGGCCUCCAUACCUGUGAACUGUGCUUCUGAGAUACGUAAGCGUCCUCCUUCCAUCUGUGCGUCCACUCGAGGAAACGUCAUGCAGAAAGCCAAGGAAUGGGAAUCAAAGAAGGGGACUUAAUAUUGACUGGAUGUAAAGUCUGUAAGGUUUGUUUGUUUGUUUGUUUGUUUGAAGAGACUUCAGUAAAGCGGACUGAGAUGAGUCAGUGGACUAGGGAUUCAGCAGCUGAUUGUAUUCAUUUUAACAUUAUAUGUGUCAGUCCACCAGAUUUUCAUACCAGAUGCUCAGAUGAUGGAUUUUGAGUUCUACCUGCUGCAUUACACUACCAAGCCUCCGUAUGCAGGAAAUACAAACCAAAGUGAAAUUGGACCAAAGGAAGUUACCGUAAAUCUGACAUGAAAUCAUGUGCACGCUACCCGAAAUGGUCCAUUUUCCAGGCAGAAAGCCUUCAAGAUGUUGGGGGUGUCAUGGCUCGGGUGGAUAGGGCGCCAUGCCAUGGGUCCGGGGACCUGGGUUCGAUUCCGGCCUGAGGUCAUUUCCCAAUCCCUCUCCUGCUCAUUUCCUGUCUCUGCACUGUCUUAUCCAAUAAUAGGGGUGAAAAAAGCCCAAAAAAAUAUCUUUAGAAAGCCUUCAAAAUGUCCAUGAUGUUUCAGCGAGGUCUAAAGUGUAUUUUUGGACCAGAAUGACACUACUUUUACUAUGGAUUUGCAAAACAGCUAAAGAUAAUUUAAUUUGAUGCCCCAUUGAUUGAUUAACACCAUGCUAAAUUCAUUUUUUGGCACUGUGCCAGUUAAAUCAGAAUAUUAGUCAUCAGUCAUCACUUUGUUUCUAACAUGGGACCAAGUUUAACCUGGACAAAAUGUUACCAACAAAGCUAGAACUGUUGCUGAUACAAGAUAGUCAUAAAAUGUGUUUUUAUCCUUGCUAACAAGAAACUUACGGAGCACACCAAGGUCAAAGUCUACAGUACGUGCGUCCUGAGCACCCUCCUGUACGGUAGUGAGUCCUGGACUCUACAGGAACGAAUAUUGGAUGCCUUCCAUAUGCGUUGCCUCAGACGGAUACUAAACGUCACUUGGCAGGACAAGAUACCGAAUAACGAUGUCCUAAAGAGAGCUAAAAUCCCAAGCAUGUUUGUGUUGGGCGGCAUGGUGGUGUAGUGGUUAGCGCUGUCGCCUCACAGCAAGAAGGUCCGGGUUCGAGCCCCGUGGCCAGCGAGGGCCUUUCUGUGCGGAGUUUGCAUGUUCUCCCCGUGUCCGCAUGGGUUUCCUCCGGGUGCUCCGGUUUCCCUCACAGUCCAAAGACAUGCAGGUUAGGUUAACUGGUGACUCUAAAUUGACCGUAGGUGUGAGUGUGAAUGGUUGUCUGUGUCUAUGUGUCAGCCCUGUGAUGACCUGGCGACUUGUCCAGGGUGUACCCCGCCUUUCGCCCGUAGUCAGCUGGGAUAGGCUCCAGCUUGCCUGCGACCCUGUAGAACAGGAUAAAGCGGCUACAGAUAAUGAGAUGAGAUGUUUGUGUUGCUGAAGCAGAGGCGCCUGCGCUGGCUGGGCCAUGUUGUGAGGAUGGACGAGGGGCGAAUCUCCAAAGAUCUGCUGUAUGGAGAGCUCAUCCAGGGAAAACGACCUUUAGGCAGACCCCUCUUGCGUUUUAAAGACACCUGUAAGAGAGACUUCAAGGCCAUGGGGGUUGACAUUGACUCAUGGGAAACUCUGGCCUCCGAGAGCUCUACCUGGAAGCGCACUCUACAGGAAGGCAUCUCCAAGUUUGAAGAGGGGCGGGUUUUACUUAAUGUGACAAAAAGGCAGAAAAGAAAGGCCAGGAGUCAAAUUUUAGAAGCCUCCACGUACAUCUGCCAGUGGUGCGGAAAGGAUUGCCAUUCCCGCAUUGGCCUCUGCAGCCACUCCAAAUGCUGCAAGACUCCUACUGCGUGAAACCCAUAGUCUUUCGAGACUGACGGGUGCCUACUACUAUCCUUGCUAACCUCUGAGCAUGCAGUGCUGAAAACAUGAAGACCAGGACUCUGAAUCGGUCAAUACACAGACAAUGAAUGGACGCUGUCGAGUCUUGACUCAUUUCCGGUUCUGUACAGUUACUACACAGGAGUAAUUUAAAACAAGUCCCUGUCUCAAGUCCUCUAGAACCAGCCUCAGUCCAACACAGUCAUGGAUGAUGUUAAAAGUGGUAAACGUAUCCCACAGGGGUGCCAUUGAGGUGAUUAUUCGUUGAUCAGUCAGAGAAAACGGUGCAAAAUAUUACAUGCUUUUCAACGCCGUUUCUAUGCAUUCUGUAAACAGAGCAUCUGGUAUAAAAAUCCCGUAGCAUGACACAUAUAUGCCCAAAAAACUACUGAUCCAUCUGUGGCCAGAUGGUUUUCUUGUGCUCUUCUGUGUCACCGUUUCUCCUAUCUCUCCAGCCUUUAGGACUUUUCAGCCCAGUGAAUAAAUAUCAACCGUGUCUCAGUUACAUUUCAAAGAGAACAUUUUGGAUAACUACUCAUUAGCCAUAAUGGCCACCUAAUUACUAUACCAAUUCCUCUACAAAUAGAGCCAUCUCCAUGGUGAGCUUAUUGUCUUAUCCAUUAUCUGAUGCCUCAAGAUGGCACUUAAGCAUUUGUCACUGGUCAUGAUCUUAUAAAAACAUCAUCUGAGAUAGUAGAUAGUGAUAAAAAUCUCUUCCAACCAGCGCCUAAAAACAUACUGUACUGUAUUCAUACACAUGUUGCAAAGACAGAAAGCACAUUUGCUUGUCGUUAUGUUCAUUAGUUAUAUGGACAUAUAAAUUGCACAAGAGGACUAGAAACUAACAAACCCUUUUGGAGAAAACAAAUCAAAGAUGCUGAAAUGUCUUUUGAAAAGAAAAGAAAAAAGAGAUUGUAUUUUCAAAGUGUCUUGUGGGGAUAAAGCAAAAAAAAAUUUCAGACAGAUGUUUGAUUUUUAUGAAGAAAUUAAGAAGGUUAAAAAGGGAAAGAGAUUUUAUAAAACCAGCAGUAUGUCUUGUCUGUAUGUACAGCACUGAAUUUACUAAAUCUCUCCACUAGGACUGGAACAGAGUGUCAUGGCAUGUCUUUCUAUUAUACACAAACUCUGUAUCUCGUGAGUAAUUUUGCGACGUCUGUUUUCUUUACACUAUGGCACUUAAUGGACUGUUUAUUUAUUUAUUUUUGCAUUGUACAUAAAACCAUAUUCAUAAUCUCAAUGUUGAAAUAUGGGUCUGUGUCUCCAAGCAAAUAUGUAUAAAUGUUUCUUUUUUUUGAACAAAUAAAGAUGAAUUAUAAUGGUUUACAGUGAA